GAAGAUGGCGAGCUGGUGGCGCGGCGGCGGCAGCAGCGGCGGACGGAUGCUUCGGGGAGCGGCGGCAGCGGCGUGGCGGAGGGUAGCCGCCGCAGGCUACUACACUAUCCAGGCGGUGCCGAGAGAACGGACGGGUUGCCGUGCCGCCGCGCGGGAGCGGGCUGACGGCAGGAUCCCAGCGGUUGUCCUUUCACCUGGCGAUGGCGGCGCCGUCGCCACGCGGAAGCAGAUCUUGACGGCUGAUUCAAAGCAAAUCCGAAUUCAUUUGAAGAAAAAUCCCUUCUUUUGCUCCACCGUGUACAUGCUCAGGGUCAGAGCCGGACCGGGUUCCUCCGUCGUUCUCAGUUCCGGCUCCGUUCUUCCCAUAAAGGUGCAUAGAAACGAGGAGACGGGACAAGUACUGAAUCUGGUGAUGGCUUGGGCAGAGGACGGAACUGAGAUGAAGGUGGACGUGCCCUUGGUUUUCAAGGGCGAAGAUGAUUGCCCUGGGCUCAAGAAAGGUGGCUAUCUUCAGAAAAUCCGAACCAGUCUAAAAUAUCUUUGCCCAGCAGAACACAUUCCUCAAAAAAUCGAAGUGGAUUUGACAAAUCUCGACGUCGGGGAUAGAAUUGUUAUGUCUGAGAUUCAAGUCCACCCAUCACUGAAGCUUUUAAGCAAGAACGACACGAUGCCCAUCUGUAAAAUUUUGCCGACAAUGCCUGCAAAACCAAUAGAUACACCAGCACCUGCCACCACAGAAACACCAAAACUAAAUGAAGUUUAGGAAACGACUGUCGCAUUCCAGGACUAAUUCAACACUGAAGAGUGGAUCCACUCCAACCAAAGUCUCUGCAUUGAAACACUAGAACAAUAUCAAAUCAAAGACCGAUUCAGAGAUGACUUUGACCUUGUCCGCACCCGAUCCGUACGUCCUUUGACUUUGAGAUUCAAACACUCUUUGAAAUGGUUAAAUUUUCAAACUGUGAACACAUUCUAUAUUUAUGUUCUUGCAUGAUGACUAGGUGAGACAGACUAGUUCAAAGUUUCAACUGAUGUUUCCUUUGAGAUUGACCUUGUUAGUGUUUUGUUGUGCAUUGGAGUCACUCAUGUCUGGGAAUAACGCGCUACGUUGAAUAGACCCACUCUAUGCUUUAAAA